UUUUUGUUUUUAUAAAUUUUAUAUAUAUUUUAAAUAUUUUCUGGGGUGGUUUAUUGUAUAGUUUAUGCAAUACCCAUGUUCCUAUUUUGUGUUUUAAUAUUUGUUUGUAAUUUGAAUGUUUAAUUUUUCAAGCAGAGUAAUGAGUUUUUCCUGUUUGGAUUGGAGGUUACUUUAUAGAUAAAACGUGAAAUGUUGUUUUUGUCUAAGGCUGAAAUGUUCCUUUUUCAUGCCAAAAUGUAAACAGUAUGUGUAGUUAUUUAUCUUUAAGAUGAUGGUCUUUGUAGGUUAAAGGUUAUUGAAAAAAAAUUUAGAUACAGGGUUGAUAGUGAUUAUGGUUAUUUUAGAAGAGAAUUUCUUGUUGUAAUUGUGUUUAAAUUUGUUUUUUAAUUUCUGGUUAAGAUCAUUUGGUGUGCAAUUGUGAUGUUUUGUUGCUUGGAAUUUACAGAGAACAGUUGUAGUGGGAGUUUCACCUUGCGAAAAGGAUUUUGCCAGCUUCAAAUUUCUCCGGAUAGGAGCAAAGCAGAAGAGAACAAUCAAGAUCCAAUACCAAUUGUGGAGAAUGCUGCAAGGAGACGUUCCUGACAUUGAAGAGAUGUUGCCAACUCCUUUUGUUCUUUAAUUAUCUUGAUUUGUAUUGCUACAAUGGAACAUGAUUGUGUUUCCUUUCUAUUUAUGCUUUUCAUUUAAGUUUAGAAAUUUGUUAGAAAAAAGAAGGAAAAACUCAUUUUAUGUGUCCACGAGGCCCAUUCGAACUUUAGACCCUUGGAAUAGGAGAAAUGCCAAUGCGGUUAUAGAGAAGGCUGCGAUUUUGAUUGCAAGUACCAACACUCCUGCCAGGUACAAGGAGACAUGGAGGAAUAUUUUGAACAAAUACAAACAACGUAUUAUUUUAGAUGCUGGGAAACUGCGGGAGAAGCAUCCAAAUUGUAUACCAGUGACUGUGGACAAGGAUGCAAGGAGUGACAUUCAUGACAUUGACACUAAGAAGUGCAUUGGAUGUCUACAAUCGAUGAGGAAAAUAAGGAUGAAGAUGGAUUUCUUCACAUCACCUACAGUGGAGAAGAGAGUGUGUGGAUCCAAUGAGGAACAGCAAGAAUUCUCUUAA